AUGCACGACGUCUCUCGACAACAAACUUUGACUAUGAUUAGACCCGUCCCAUUCGAUGCAUCCGUCUCACUCUUUCGUAUCCCCAAAGCCAUCAGUUCGUUUGAAGAAUCUGGGCCAGACAUCCUAGUUCUACCGGCCGUUUGCGUAAAGAAAGGGAAGCUCCAUAGACUCAGUUUCGACUAUGGUGUCGACACAUACCUACAAUCCCAGCUGGACGUGUCCAGACUCAACGAGAUCCAUAACCACCUCUGGAUGGUCGGGAAACCAAUGCCUGGGCGGCCUUUACAUCAACAUCUGGUUUACGGUCGGAAGAUUGUGUGCUCUGAGCAGGCCGACCUUCACCUGCUGUGGGAUGACUCUCGGCUUUUUGUCAAACCAUGCCCAGAUUAUUUACUGUCAUGUGAAUUUUGGGAGUGUUAUCUGUGCUGUAGCAACGUCAGUCUAUGGGAGACGGCUGCCGGUAUGCUCCAGUCGUAUGCUUGGUUGAUCCAGGACAAGUCCGACUGGAAGGUUGCACAAGUAGAAGGCAUCCUUUCGGAAUCCAUCACCUGGGAGCGCUGGACCACCUUCAUUUCUUCUUUUGUCAGUCACCUUGAAGCACAAGAUCUUGAUGUCAAUCCAAGAUUCAAAUACGGCAAUCUUCGCCUCACCCGGAUCCAAUGGAUAUGGCGUUUUCGAUCCCGCACUGGGGGUAUGCACGCACUCGUCAAUGGAUAUCUGAACCCAUACUCAAGUUACCGCAAUUUCUUCAAGCAGAUGGUGGCGCCCAUCACAGUGGCCACUGUCUACUUUGCCCUCAUUUUAGCCGCGAUGCAAGUCGGACUAGCCACUACGAGGCUGCAAGAGAGCGAUACAUUUCAGAGUGUGUCAAUGUGCUUUACUGUGCUGGCUAUUGUGGGGCCGGCCGCGACUGUUGCAGUGCUAAUAGCUGGGUUAAUGGGUUAUGUAUUUAUCUGGAAUCUAUGUCAUGCCGUGAGGUUGAGAAAAAUGGGAAGAUUAGAAUCCAAGAUAUUAAGAAAGGAACAGGUGUAA